UCCCACCCCACUACCUCCAGGUCUGCACCACCAUGAGGGAUGACUACCAGCCUUGGGWGGUCAAGAGACAAGCCAUGAUCAAGAAGCCUGAGGAGAUGCAGAGASCCACCGGACGGAUGGACCACCUCACCACUUUCAAGGCCCAUUUUACACCCCACGAACUGCAGCCCAAUGUGAGCUUCAAGCCAGCUCACGCCCCCAUGAGGGCUGAUGCCCCAUUGGAGGGCGGCACCAUGUACAGCACAGAGUUCACCCCCAAGAGGAUCAGCGUUUGUCCAGCUAGCUACGACUCCCUGCCGGGCUUCGUGUUUGAGGACAGCCGACGACAGGGGACACAGGUUCUACAGGAAGUUGCCAUCUAA